GCGAGUUAGAGCAGAGUGAAGUUAGUUAGUUUUUUGCUUUUUUCUUCUUUGCCUCACACUCAACUCAUGAAGUCAAAAGGGUCAUCUCUAGUCAAGGGUGAUUGUGGUGAAAAAACAUUCUGCUGAAGACUUGUCUCAUCCUGGCGAGGCUGGAAUGGCGGCGGCCUUCAGGAUUAGCAGGCGACUUGCUGGGCCGCGGCUAUGGCCAUCGCGCAUUGAGCCAGUUGUAACUACUCCGAGGCGCUAUGCCAGUGAGAAAGUGGAAACCCGCGAGCCAGCGCCAUUCUUCAUCCGUACACCUUAUGUUGCUGGUGAAAUGAAUCGUAACUGGAUGUCGGGAGAGGAGCCGUUCGAGAAGCUCAACAUUCCUGGUGCCUAUUUUGAACACCACCAAAACCCGCUCUUUGGCAAGUAUAUGGAUAACAGGCAGCCGAACGAAACCUCCGAGACCACCCUAUUUCCCGCCGAAGCAGAUGAAGUGUUUGAUGAGCAAUUUUGGAGAGGUUGGGGAGUCCAGGAAGACCGCACUGUGCAUAACUACACAUUAAACUUUGGUCCACAGCAUCCUGCAGCUCACGGUGUACUUCGCCUGAUUCUGGAACUCAACGGAGAGAUCAUUGAGAGAGCUGAUCCUCACGUUGGUCUGUUGCACCGAGGCACCGAGAAGCUCAUCGAGUAUAAAACCUACACUCAGGCCCUGCCCUACUUUGAUCGCUUGGACUAUGUUUCAAUGAUGACCAACGAACAGGCGUACUCCAUUGCCGUGGAAAAACUACUCGGAAUCACGCCGCCGCUUCGUGCACAAUAUAUUCGAGUGCUGUUUGCGGAGAUGACUCGAAUCCUCAACCACAUCAUGGCAGUGACAACACACGCACUCGACGUUGGAGCAAUGACACCCUUCUUCUGGAUGUUUGAGGAGCGCGAGGUGUUGAUGGAGUUUUAUGAGCGUGUAUCUGGUGCACGGAUGCACGCUGCAUAUAUACGCCCAGGCGGUGUCAGCCAGGACAUUCCUAUUGGUAUCCUAGAUGACAUACAUUUCUUCCUGUCAAAGUUUGGCGAAAGACUUGAUGAAAUGGAGACGAUGCUGUCUGGCAAUCGUAUCUGGCAGCAACGUUUGAUGAACAUUGGCGUUAUCUCGGCAGAAGAUGCACUGAACAUGGGGAUGAGUGGUGUUCUCCUGAGAGGUUCCGGCAUUCCAUGGGAUCUGCGUAAGGUUCAGCCGUAUGAUGUUUAUGAUCGAAUGGAGUUUGACGUACCCGUUGGCCACGCGGGUGAUUGCUAUGACCGGUACCUCUGCCGUGUAGCGGAAAUGCGUCAAAGUAUGCGAAUUAUGCUCCAGUGCAUGAACGAAAUGCCUGAAGGACCAAUCAAGAUAGAUGACAACAAGAUCGUACCGCCAUCAAGAGGCGAAAUGAAGGAGUCCAUGGAGGCAUUGAUUCACCACUUCAAACUAUUCUCAUCAGGAUAUCAAGUUCCGCCCGGCAGUGUUUAUAGUGUAAUCGAGGCACCAAAGGGAGAGUUUGGUGUCUACCUUGUCAGUGACGGUUCGAACAAGCCAUACCGCUGCAACAUCAAGGCACCUGGCUUCCUCCACAUGGCUGCUAUCGACAAGAUGGCGAAAGGAUCGUACAUGGCAGAUGUUGUUGCUAUUAUCGGCACCCUGGACGUUGUGUUUGGUGAAAUUGAUCGCUGAGCUGGUACUCAAGAGCGUUCCUGACCUGUACCACCACCACCACCACACAGCUACUUCCACCAAUAUUUUGUUGUACAAAAUACAAUCAAUACGUAACUUUGAAUGUAUUGUGAGCCAGUGCAGUGACUUUGCAUAUACGUUCUGCCUGUGAGCCAGGCUCAAAUGCACGGGAAAACUGCAGCGUUUGCCGCAGUGCGUAGCGGAUACCGUGCACUGCAGAACCGAACAUGCACCGACUCUGGCGAGCCAGCCAGCCAUUUGUCUAUGAACAUUUUAGUCAAGUUGUAGCAAUAUUGCCAAAUCAUGAAAUGUGCUAUUUUAAGUUCAGCAAGGUCCACUACUUCUUGGACACAACCCCUAUUAAGGCUAUUAUUAUUGUUGAUACCAGUAAUUGCAUUUAGAAGUAGUGCAGUAACUGUAGAUGCACUAAUCUUUGUAUUAUCAGCACAUUGAAUUAUUGAUGUCUUCAUUUUAUUUGAAUGCAUAAGCAUUGACAUGUACUAUAAUUAUUCGAUCACAACCGAAA